CUGGAGUUAGAAAUGGUUGUAAGCCACCAUGUGCUUGCUGAGAGUCGAACCCAGGUCUUCGGAAGAACAACCAGUGCUCUUAACUGCUGAGCCCAGCACCAAGAAUAGAAAUUUAAUAGUCACUUGCUAUGAGCUGAAGAGAUGACUCAGCAGUUAAGAGUGAAUGUUGUUGGUUUUUUAGUUUUUACUCUUACUCUUUCUUGGGGGGUUCCUACUACCCAGCUCCCAAAUAAAGGAGGCUUAUUCUUUCUUAUGGAUGCCUGGCCUUAGCUUGGCUUGUUUCUAGCCAGCCUUUCUUAGCUUAAAUGAUCCCAUCUACCUUUUGCCUCUGGGCUUUUAUCUUUCCCUAUUUUUAUAUACCUUUCUUUACUUAUUACACCAUGGUUUACUAUAUAUCUGGGUGACUGGCCUCUGAUACUUUGUAUCCAGUCAACAUUCUCUAUAGAUGUCACAGAAGAAUGGUCUCUGCUCUGCCUGCUUAAGGGAAGGAGCUGCAGUGUCUGGCACUCAUGCUGGGGACCCAGCAGCUCAGUCUAAGUGAGGUUGUUGGCCCUGUGAAGGGGUUAAAGGAUCUCUUGACUGCUCUUUUGGUGGGCAAUGAGUCCUUUUGCUUCAUAAGAUCCCUGGUACUGAAGACACUGCCCGAGACUGCCCACCAGCUUGGGCUUGCUUCAUAAGAUCCCUGGUACUGAAGAUACUGCCCGAGACUGCUCACCAGCUUGGGCUUGAGCCAAUCAGAGGAUCGGGAGAGCCUGGAAAGUGUCUGGUCCAUGAGGAGUGCCGAAGCGCUUGUCACAGUGGUGGUGAGGACCUUUCCUCCCUGAACUUCACCCAUGACCCUUGUUCCUGUCCACACCCCAGGGCCAUCGUCCAUGGAGGGUGAGCUGAUCAGAGCCAGCCCUAAAUCAAUCCCAGACUUCCCUGCCAGCUCUGAGUUAUGAGCUGUCGGCAUUGUGAUGUAGAUCACGGUUGGGGAGUAGGGGGCAUGACCUAUGGCAGAUCACACUGGACCCCCAGAAGGGGCCAGAGCUGGGGUCAGAGGCCAUCUCCUCCAUUCUCUGCCCCGCCCUGCUGGGUCCCAUCCUUUGCCUAAUAUUUAAACUGUGUGAGACCAUUUUUGUACUGACUGGUGACAUCAAGUCUGACUAUGGGCUGCCCCUGGGAAAAGUCCUUGGAAGAGAGAAAAAGACAAGUUUGGUUGUUUGAUGGAGCCUGUGUUCCAAAACCACACUCAACUGCUUCCUCGGCACCUUCUACAGUCCCCAAGCAUCCUCUUCCUCUUUUGAUUGAAUCCCACAGGCAGACACUUGAGAGCAUCCCAGGCCAGAGGAAGGGUGCAGACAGGCAAGCCUCCUCCGGGGAGAUUAGAAUGGUUAGAGAGGUAGAAAGAGUCAGUGUGGUGAGAGAUGUCAGAGAAAUGGGGGUAACGAGAAAGAAGACACUGAACUCUCUCUCUCUCUCUCUCUCUCUCUCUCUCUCUCUCUCUCUCUCUCUCUCUCUCUCUCUCUCAGGUUGGGGAUGGAACCCAGGGUGUUAUACUUACUGAGCAAGUACUGUGCCAUGGAGCUACCCUCCCAGCCUGGUUUUGGAAAGUAUGUGAGACAGUAGCAGAGGGGUAGUUUAGCCGUUAAGAGCACCUGCUGCUUUUUCAGAGAGCCCAAGUUCCAAUGCCACCACCCAUGUUGGGUUGCUCACACCUGUAACUCCAGGGGAUCCAACACCCUCUCUGACUUCCAUAGGUACCCACACAUACAUGUGGAGCGCACGUGCACACACACACACACACACAUUUGUUUUUAAAGAGACAGAGUCUUAGGGCUGAAGACAUGGCUCAGUGGUUAGGAGCACAUGGUGCUCUUUCAGAGUAUCUGAGUUUGGUUCCGAGCACCUGCAUAAUGACUCACAGCUGUCCAGCUCCACAGACAGCAGACACACAUGAGGUACACACAUAUACAUGCAGGUAGAACACUCAUGCACAUAAAACAGUCAAUAAAUCUAAAAAAUCUUUUAAAUUAAAAUCAAAGAGAGAGGAAGAUGAAGAAGGAGAAGUCAUCUCCCUCUGUAACCCAGGCAUCUUUGAACUCACAGCAGCCCUCCUGCUUCAGCCUUCUGAGAGCUGGGAAUCACAGACAUGACAAGGAUCGACCCUGGCCCUCGGUGGCUUUUUUUUUUCUCAAUAUAUGAUGGCAUUCUCGAAAACAAAAAUCUGGCGUGGAAAGUAAAGUGAACUCCCAACGGAAAGAAUAGCUUUGUGGCUUUGAUAGCUGUCCUGGAACUCAUUCUGUAGACCAGGCUGACCUGAACUCACCGAGAUCCGCCUGCCUCUGCCUCCUGAGUGCUGGGGUUAAAAGUGGGUGCCACCACUGCCCAGCCACUCAUACACUCUGGAUCCUCCCAAGCCACCAUACAGAAACACCGUAACUGGUUGAAAUGAACACGCAUGGCCUGGAGUGUUAUCCAUUUACCCACUGACCAGCAACCCCACCCAUCUCUGGUAGGGGCAUGGCCAGCAUGCCACUUGACUGAGGAAGGAAACCUGGACAGGACAUAGUUGACACCAACCUCUAGGUAUACAGCUAGGCUGGCUAAAUCUGAUUCAUGGAAAUAACUCACUUGAUCUUUGUGCUUUAGGGCAAAGAUGGACGACCACCACCCUCCUCCGGUGCACCUUGCCAACCUCAGGGCCCUCUGCCGCUGAUCUGGAAGGCACUGACAAGUCCUGCUCACCCCUGCCCCCUGGUGGCUGAACGUGGCCUUACAGAAACAGGAUGCUUCCUGGAGGCAGGGGUUGUCGAUCCCAUGGAACAGAAAUAAAAAGCAAAUGUCCUUUCAUUAGGUACGUGUCCCCGAAGCAUCUCAGCCCAGGCUGAAGUUCCCUUGUCCACUUGCAUGCACUCAAUCCUCUUCAGGCCUAGGAGAAAUGGGCAGGGAGUUCCUGUCUGCUGGAUGGGUAACACCACCGGACAAAGGUGGCAGAUGUCCAAGGUGAGAAAAAGAACCAAGGACAUGAUUAAUGAUAGCUAGCAUUGAGAAGAGCAAAGAGUUGUGGUUUUCUGUCUGUCUUUCUUUUCAUGUUUUUGUUUUUUUGAGACAGGGCUUCAAAAAACUCACUCUGUUGGCCAGGAGGCCUUGAACUCACAGAAAUCCACCUGCUGGGAUUUAAGGCAUAUGCCACGUGGUUUUCAAUGAACAUGCAGGCAGUGUGGUUUAGCUGGACCAAGUAUGCUCAGCAUGCAUGAGGCCCUGGGUUUAACCUCCAACCCCAGAAAUGGAAAAAUAUAAACAAAUAAAAACCGGAUGAAUGAACUAGAUGAUACAAAGGAAUGAAGGAAUGACAAACUCCAUGUGCUGCCAGAGAGGUUGGCGAGCAGAGGCGAGGAGGAAGACGUAAGAGAAUCAUUCUGAAUCUUUUCUCUUUUUAACCAUUAGCCACCAACUCAACGUUACCCAAAUUUAAAACACAAACAAUGAAGCCGACUUUUCACUCCCGUCUCCCAGCCCAGUUUAAUGAGCGCUGUUCUGGGCAGGGGCCCCAACCGUAGCCUCUGUUAGAACCACUCAGGGAGAAUUUGGAAAUCCUACUGCGCAGGCUGUGCCCCUAUCUACCCCAAGAAUCCCUGGACUGGGUCCUGGGAGUAAAUGUUUCUUUCUUUUUUUUUAAAGGACUUAUUUACUUUUAUUUUUAUGUGCAUUGGUGUUUUGCCUGCAUGUAUGUCUGUCUGUGUGAGGGUGCUCGAUCUGAAGUUCAGACAAUUGUGAGUUGCCAUGUGGGUGCUGGGAAUUGAACUUAGGACCUCUGGAAGAGCAGCUAGUGCUCUUAACCUCUGAGCCAUCUCUCCAGCCCUCAUUUCAUGUAAUCUUUAUUGACUAUAGAUUCCACACAUGAGGAAAAAGAAACACCUGAUAGUUGUCUAAAUCUGGGUUAUUUCACUUAACAUAGUCUCAGUUGCGUCCAUUUUCCCAAAUUAACAUAAUUUCUUUCUUUAUGGCUGAGUAAAACUCCAUCGUGAAUGUGAACCACAUUUGCUUUAUCCAUUCAUCUGUGAUGGACAUCAAGGCUGGCUUCAUAUCUUGGCCAUUGUGAACAGCUUCCCGGUAAACAUGGGUCUCUAGGCAUUCUGACUCUGAUAUGUGCCCAGGAGCGGUGUAGCUGGGUUCUGUGAGUGUUUCAGUCUUAGGGUUUUGUUUUGUUGUGUUUUGUUUUUUAGGAACCCACAUAUUUGUUCACCAUAAUGACUACACUAAUUCACAUUCCCAUAGCUGUGAAUGAGGGUCCUCUUUCUCACAUCUGGCUAGUAUUUAUUGUUAUUUACGUACUUAUUUUCUUUCUUUCUUGUUUUCUGUUUUUCAAGACAGGGUUUUUCUAUAUAGCCUUGGCUGUCCUGGAACUCACUCUGUAGACCAAGCUGGCCUCGCACUCAGGGAUCCACCUGCCUCUGCUGUUCUGACAGGAGUGAGGUGUAGGUUUAGCUCAAAUUUCUCUGAUGGCUGAGGGUGUCAGAAUAUUUUCCCAUGUAUUUUUGACCAUUUGUGGUUUUCUUUUGAGAACUGCCCAUGAAUUUAUUCACCCACCUACUGAUUGGUUGACUCAGAUUUUGUGUAUUUAAUUGUUGAGUUCUUUAUAGAUUCUACAUAUUAAUCCUCGAAUAGAUGUGUAGCAGGCAAAGAUGAAAGAAUGAAGAUCUUUUGUAAGAGUAAAAUUUCCUUAGACAAGAUACUAAAACAAAAAGUAUAAGGAGAAUUUUUGAAGAGUUUAACCAUAUCAAAACUCAGACUUUCUUUAAAUGGAGGUCACUGUUGGAUUAUAGUAUGGUAGUCACAUCUAAAAGAUUUAUUGUCUGUGAAAUUAAAAGAAUUUUCAAAGAAUCAGUGGGAACACGAACCAUGCCCCCCACACUCAUGCUGGCAAAGACCACAAGUAGGCAAAUCCCAGCAGUGGUAGCAACAGUGAUUGUCAGAUGGGAGGAGAGAGCCUCAUCUUGGAGAUAACAAGACAUUCCACAUCAAAUGGGGAUGUGGAUGCUUAGUUCAGUCUGUCACAUCGAUGGAAAUGUGAAGUGAACAGUUCGAGUCUUUGGGGGUAUAGAGGGAAGUCAUUGCAGGUGGGAACCUUGAAAAGCAGAACAGCAUCGCAAGAUCUGGUCCAUAAGCUGGUGUGUGCUCCAAGGACCAGCACAUCCAGAGUUAGAUGAAUCCAAGGGUGUCCACUGGAACAUUGUUUGCAAUCAGCAAGAAGCUGCCAGCCACCCAGGGCACGGUGAGGAUUAAUAUUACCAACUUCACAGGCUCUAGACUCACAGGAGAUGUGCCUAAAGACCUGCUAGGAGGGAUUGUCUAAGGCACAUUAGUUGUGUGGAAGACUCAUCUUCACUACGUGUAUCCUCAUCCCCUGUGCUGGGGGUCUUGAACCAAAUAAAGAGGAGAAAACAAGGCACAUGUGAGCGGUCACCCUUCUUGGCUUCCUGCGGCAGACUCAGUGUGACCAGCCACUCACCGUCCUGCUUCCAGAUUCCGCUGUGAUGAAUUGUGCCCUAGAACUUCGAGCCAAAGGGUACCUUCCUUAACCCACCUCUGGAGGAACAGGAAAGCUAAGUGAGAAGGAAGACAUGGGGAGAGUGGGGGCAGGAUAAAGACGCCCCCUGAUGUCUUGUAUCAAGAUAGCAAAGAGUUCCCAUCCACUAUAUUUCUGCUGGCAGUUCCCCCGCCAAGCCUUCAUUACGCAAUCAGACACAGCUCAGAGGUGACUGGAGAAAAAGGAAGCUAUGGCUAGGAGACGUGGCAGAGAUGUCUGGCCUACAAUCUCAUAGACAUCUGCUAAGUACUGCAUAGAAUUCCACAUUCACCACAUUUCACUCUGAUGCUUUGGGGUAGAGCAGCCAUAUUGUGACUAAGAGAAAAGUAGGAGAAUUCCAGACAAGGCUCCGGCACCAUCAGUUCCCUUAUCCAAUGCCAACAGCUUGCUAUUCCUGAAUAUUUUUUUCCUGUGAAAAAUAAAACUCUCUUUGCUAAGCCACCCGUAUCCGUUAGAGUGCAGUGACAGACAGCAAAAAUACAACUGGCUAGUUCAAGCAGAAAGGGCUGGAAACGCCGGCUGCAGGUCUGAAACACCCGCCAACUUGGGCAGUCACAUGACCUCUGCCCAAAAGUGAUUGAGAAAUCCACAGUGGGUACUACAGGAAGCUGGCAAAUCAGGGAGCUGCUCGCAGCGCCCGCCUGUGCUGCCACGGUCUGUCUCAGAAAGCCGGUGUCCUGUGCUACAUAACUCUGCUCCAAAUUUACCAACACAGCUCCGGGAGGCUGGGAAGUGCUGACUUAGCAGUUUGGGAGAACGACCACAGGAGCUUUGGAUCAAGGCCCAAACAGGGACCACCCCAGACAGAAGCCCCACCAUCCAGGUAUUUUGGUAGUGUGUAAGCCUGUGAGUGCAGUUACCUACAGAAACCAGAAGAGGACAUUAGAUUCCAGGCACUGGAGUUACAGACACCUACAAGCUGCCCACUAGGUGCUAGGACCUGAACCACAGCCUCUUGGAAGAGUGCUCUUAACUUCUGAGCCACUUCUCCAGCCUUCUGACGAUCCUUUAUGUUUUGAUUUCCUUGAGUAAAUCCUGGGGCCCACCUCCCUAUUCAUGCUUACUUAAUACUCCUGUCUUCCCCCACACCACAACUGUGGCCUCUUCCCCAAAUCAACUCCACUGAAGUGGAGGGAAUCACAGACCCUUAGAAUGCUUCCUCUGCAAACCGCUUCAAGAGCAGCUAACGUCCAUGAUGAAGCUGCCAGCCGACUGAAGAGGGACUCACCUUUCUGCCCCAGACUGGAAGCAGAGGAGCCACCAUUGACCCGGGAAUGGUUGGACAUGUCUGAGACAAUGUCCUGCCCCAGCAAGGAGACCCCUACCCCUCUCUGCAAUCUGAAGAACCUGUUUUGGGCCUGUGUCCACAAUGACCCUGCUGAGCUCCAAGCCAGGCUGGAUGCCGGGGUAUCCCCAGAGGAGGCUUCCCAAGUGGAUAGCAAUGGGAGGACAGGCCUCAUGGUUGCGUGUUACCGUGGGUUUGGUGCCAUUGUGGCCCUUCUCAGCUGCUGUCCGUUCCUGGAUGUGAAUCAGCAGGACAAAGACGGAAACACGGCCCUCAUGCUGGCUGCUCAAGCAGGUCACCUGCCACUGGUGACUCUCCUGCUCAACUACUUUGCUGGUCUGGACCUGGAGCGCAGGGACCAGCGGGGGCUCACAGCUCUGAUGAAGGCUGCCAUUCGAGACCGCUCCGAGUGUGUGGCUGCCCUCCUCAUGGCAGGUGCUGACCUGAGUUCAGUGGAUCCCGUCUGUGGCAGGACAGCCUUAGAGUGGGCCGUUCUGACCGACAGUUUCGACACGGUGCGGAAGAUCCGGCAGCUGCUGAGGCGGCCCCAGGCGAAGCAGCUCAGCCUGCAGUACCAGCCAGAGUGGCCAGCCUUGGCCCAGCUUGUGGCCCAGGCCCAGGCCCAGUCUGCCCCAUCCCUCCUAGAAAGGCUGCAAGCUACCCUGAGCCUCCCUUUUGCUGAGUCCCCGCAGGAAGGGGGUGUUCUGGACCACUUUGUGACUGCCACCACCAGCUUGGUCAGUCCCUUCCUCGCCACUGCCUGCCACACACUGUGCCCCGAUCAGCCCCCCAUGCUGGGCGUUCCAGGCAAGUCAGUGCCGGAGCUGUUGGGUGCUGCCCCUCCCCCUCCCCCAGCACCCCAUCCUCCUCAGGCUGUCCCUGUUCCCCAGGUCUUUGUCCCCUUCCAGAGCUCUCGGAGUAUGCUCUCCCAGUGGCUGCAGUCCAGGGACAGUCCUGGUCCCAGGUCCCAAAUCCCCAAGAUCCUCCUUUCCAAGGCACCCUCUCCCCCUUCCCAGCAUGAGUUGAUACUCAGGCCUGCAGGGCAGCGAGGUCUGGCUCUUCCUCUCUGGAGAUACCAGGAGAGGAAGAAGCAGGAGGAAGAAACAACUAUGGGAGGAGGGCUAGGCCAGGCUAGAGGCAAGUAAGACACAUCCCUGUCUGGGUCCUCUUCUGCUUCCCAGUGCCUCUGCCCGCAGAAACCUGCUCCCACCGGAUGUACAAGGCUGUCCAUGGCAGUGUCUUCAGGAGGGAAUGAGAGCAACCCAGGGCCUGCCAGCAGGACUGGCUACAGUGGUUAUGGUGGUAAUGCCUACACACUGUGUUCUGUGUAAUACGGCAUAAAGCAGAGCAGGAGAGAGCAAACUGUUCUCACGUGAUGUCUAUCUUCCAGUUGUAUCAAUAACCAAGGGUAGAAAAUCAUGCAUGACAUGCCCUUUGUCAAAGAGGAAAUCUCCCUCAGGUAAUCAUGAUAUUUUUUUGAGACAGGGUUUCUUUCUUUCUCUCUCUCUUUUUUAAUUUUUUAAAAAGAUUUAUGUAUUAUGUGUACAUUGUUCUGCCUGCAGGUCAAA